ACCCCCAACAGAUUACCUUCAACCCUUUCCACGCUAGUACUGCUUUCUCCUUCCUCAGUCUCACUUGCUCAUUUUUGUUUUCUCAAAACCUAAACCUAAAAGCUUCGAAUAUCUCUCUCCACAAACACUAGAGCAAGAGAAAUCGAGAGAGGAGAGAAAAAAAUGGAAGAUCCCAACACCCAAACAUACGAUGUUCCUCUCACGGAUCUGCCUGGGUUCCCACCGAUUUGGCCGAAUCAAAACCCGAUGUUGUUGUUAGCGGUGAAAAAUCCUCCGGCAAUCCGUCGACAUUAAUGGUUCUCGCCAGGAGAAGGCUGUAGCGGCAUUCCCGACUUUUUCGUUAAUUCUCUCUCCUCUGAACCUUGAAUAAAUUGGAUUUUGGUGAAGACGAUGAUGAUGUGGGAGAGAGAAAGGCAUAUCCACAUAUGGGGUUUGGGUUUUAGAAGUGAUGCUGCUACAAACUAGGGUUGCUACUCCCUUCACCAUCUUUCUCUUGCUUCUCUUGAGGUUGUUCUUCUUUCUCCUUUGUCGUUAUUUUUCUGAAUGUUGUGGGAUGGCAAAUUUAUCUUAUCAAAGUGCUGCUGAUUGGAAGUUUGGAGCGGAGCAGUUUGUUAAAAUGCUCCCAGAUAAAGUACAUGUUCAUUGGGAAAGGAACAAGACCCACAAGUGUGUGUGCGAUGUGGCCGCUAAAUUUUUCAUCUUCAGAAGAGCCGUUGUUCUGCCUGUGCUUACCCCGUUGCUUGCACCAGGAAAUUUAAAAGGGGGAUCUUGCUUUUGUUGAUUGGUCAUGAGUGGGCCACGCUCUUUAAGGUACAGGCGAGGGAGCUGAUGAAGCCCGUGCAUCCUAAGGAGCUAAAGUGAAGUCUGAUUUAAGUAGGUUGCACUCUCUGCUUGAUGAGUUCAUACCGACUAUCGAGGGAGGAAAUGGAAUUUGUUAUACUCAUCCUGAUAAAUUACCAGGUUUUUUUUAUUAUUGUUAAUUUAACAAGUUUUGUUUUUAAGGUGUAAUUUCUUUUGAUUUGGAUGAUGUUUGGUGUGUUGGGAGUAGCAAAGAUCAUAUUGUAGACGGGAUUUGAUCCCAGAGAGUGCAUAUACUUUUUAAUCUUUGCUACUUUUGUUGAAUUUUAUUUUGAAAUUGAUUCCUGUUUCAAAUGGUAAUGGAAGCCAUAUGAUUUGGGAGCUGAUGACGAUGGUGUUUUCUCAAUAGAUGGUCUUAUUCUUCCUCCUCCCGAUCAAAUGAAUGAGGAAGGGUCUACUCUUCGCGUGUGGCGUCGGCCAGAUCUGAUUUCCAAAUGCUUUAUUAUAUUUUUUAUGUUGAUAAUUGUGUGUCCAACAAUGGCAUUCUAUGCAUUAGCCAACCGGAGGGUUUGUGGGAUGAUUGGAAGUUGGCUUUAUUGGCAUUUGAACUGAAUGAAAAAUGGGGGUUUGAAACAGAGAAAAUCCUGGGUUUGAUUGUUUGGGUGUUGGGUACUCAUCAGAAGUUUGAUGUUGCUUGGUUAUUGAUUCGUGACUGGCACUAGUUCGCAGAUACUCGACAAGCCAUGCUUGCUGUCAUUGAGAGUUGAGUUAGUCAGUUAGUUCAUGAUUUAAUGCAUGUUUUUUCAUUAGCUAGCUUAUGACAAUGUAGGAUUUACGUUUCAGUGCCAAUAUAUUUGAUUUUUGGGUUCAUGUUACUAUAUGGCAGCAGAAUCUAUCAUGCCAACAAUGAUGCUAUGCAGGUUAAUAGAUUUUGUAUUUUGUGUUUUCUUUGCCUCCUUGCUGCCUAAUGUGCUUCAAUCAUUUAUGGAACAUGCUAUAGAUAAGAGAACCUAGGGAGGGAUGAGAUCAAGAGAUUGCUUACACUACAUAAUGUGAUCAGUAUGUAGCUUAUGUUGAUGUUCACAUUGAUAUGUAAACAUGUAUUGAUCGUAGAUUUUGGUCAUAAUGUGACUGGAUUGAUUUGAAUGAGAUCAAUCGAUUUCUUAUGCAGUUACGCUCCAUAAUUUGAUUGGAUUGUAGCUUAUAUUGCUAUUCGCAUUGAGUUGUAAACGUGUACUUUAAACUUUCUACCUCUACCAAUUAGAUUUAGUUUUUUCGUCAUGUAAAGAUAUUUGUUGUGAUUAGUUGUAAUAACCCUCUCUCGCCGUACUUAUUCAUCCUGGUCAUGGAAACACUAUCUCAUAUGAUCCUGAACUUGGAGGCUAAGAAGGAGAUCACAGGGAUAAAAGUUUCAAGAGAUGCGCCUCCCAUAUCCCAUCUAUUCUUUGCAGACGACUCCCUCUUCUGCUUCAGGGCUUUUCCAGAUUCUUGUCAAAAAAUCAAAGAUACCAUCAAAUUCUUUUGUGAGAUUUCAGGGGAAAUGAUCAAUUACGAUAAAUCUGCAGUCAUGUUCAGCCCGAACACACCCACUACUUUCAAACAUAUUAUGAGAAAGAUCCUGGGUACGCCAAGCACAGAAAAACUGGGUAAGUACCUUGGCUGCAAUGUUGAAAUUGACGGUAGAAGCUCACAGGUGUUCCACCAACUGGUUGAGAAAGUCCAAAGAAAGAUCACCUCCUGGAAAAACUUGGCACUUUCACAGGCUGGGAGAUUACUUCUCACCAAUGGGAUCCUUGCUGCCCUAUGCGCCAAUGUCCUCUCUGUUUUCUUGGCACCCACGCUAGUCAAGAAAAAAAUAGACUCUAUUCUCUGUAGGUAUUGGUGGAAGGGAAGCAGCGAAACUAAGGGAAUCUGUUGGAGAAAGAGGAGUCUCUUGGAAAUUCCAAAAGAGAGAGGUGGGGUGGGACUUCGUAGUGUGCUCAGAUUUAACACAGCGUUACUGGUGAAAUAUGCUCACCGCAUUCACAACAAUAACGAGCUACUUAUUUCCAAAGUCUACAAUGCAAAGUAUAAAGGGACGCCAGUCGAACACGGUAUAAGCGGAAAACAAUGCAACACGGCAUCAUGGGGUUUCAAAGGGUUAGUAAGGAGUGUUGCGAAGUGCAGAGAAGGGUUUGGAAAAGUUAUUGGGCGCGGGAACAGGAUUGCAAUCGGCGAUGAUAAUUGGUUACCAAGUGGUAAACCAUCGUUCAAAUCUGAGCUAGACGCGGCUACACUUGGAACAAAAAAGGUGGAAGAUCUAAUGAUUCCAGGCUCAAGGGUGUGGAACUCGAACCUUAUUUGGAGAUCUUUCGAUCAGGAGUCAGCAAGAGCAAUUCUGAGCACUCACAUCCCUACGCAGGUCGGGGAGGACAAACUCCUUUGGGCCGGCACAGAAAGUGGUGCAGCAACUGCAAAAUCAGUUUACGCCUAUCUAGGGUCACAACUCGAGGAAGGACUUGGCUCUACAGCGAAUGUGAUGUUCUGGAAAAAGCUGUGGGGUAUGCCUUGCUUACCCAAAUGGAAGGUUUUUGUCUGGAAGAUUCUGAAUAAAGCACUAGCCCUGAAUGCUAAUCUUUGUAGACGGGGGGUCAUGGUUUGUCAAGAGUGUCACCUGUGUGGGAAAGAGGUGGAAAACGAAUCCCACCUAUUUAGGGACUGUAGUGUCUCGAAACAUAUCUGGUACGCAACUGAUUUUGGGAUUCGACCCUAGGACGGGCCAUCUGUUAGCAUCAACACUUGGGUUAUGAAUUUCUUAAACUACAUGUGGAAGGAAGACGGGCCUAAUAGCCCGCGAGCAACAACCUUUGUCCUCUCUCUAUGGGGGAUUUGGUUACAUCGAAAUAGCGUGGUCUUCAAACGAUGCCAGGUCAAUCCAAGAAGCAUUAUGGAAAUCAUCUUGAAGAUGAAAAAGGAGAAUGGCGAGGCUAUUCAGCUUAGGGAAAAGCUUGGAAAUAACUUAAAGCCAAUCCACAAGGACUUCUCUAACCCGGUUGCGAUCCUCAUAGGAGAUUUCAACAACACAGGUCUCAAACUCAUGGUGGAUGGGGCAUGGAAGAGAAAGAAGAACGGGGAUGCAGUGGCUGCGGUGGGUUGGAUCAUCAAGCAUGACCAAAUAACGCUAGCACAAGGGGGGUGCAGGAUAAGAGCGUCCUCGGCUUUGCAAGCGGAAGGAUACGCGAUACUUAGAGGAUUGAUCGAGGCAAAGAGCAGGAAUAUCAAGCAACUAACAACUCUCUCGGACAACAGAACAAUCUGCAAUCUGCUGCAGGAAAAUAAAAUGGGUUCGAUUGAGAUUGCAAGCAUUUUGGGAGACAUUAGAAGCUGUGCUAGUAAUUUUGAGUUUUGCUCGGUAGUUAAUGUUAGUAGAAAUUGCAUAAAUCCUGCCCAUGACCUUGCCUCUAGAGCAAGAAAACAUGGGAUGGUUGACUCUGUGUAAGCUGCUUGCUCUUGUUGUCAAAAAAAAAAAAACAAUUUAGUUUUUUAUAAUAAUUUCGCACGCAUUGCGUGCUUAUAAGACUAGUCACAAAAUAAAUGGAGAGGGGAAUAAGGGUCUAAAAGAUCUUUCUGAUAUUUGCAAAAAAAUUAUGAUCUAGAACUUCUUUUUUUUAGCUUUGAUAGUACUCUAAUGCGAUAAAGUUGAUGAUAUUGUAUAUUGCCGUUGCCGAAUUACCGGUA